AUAAACGACAUUUACCCUACGUUUUUCUCAUUUUCUCAUUUACCCUAUGAUCUUCUCCUACGUUCUACGAUCAUCUCCCAUCUUCUCAAAUUUCUUCUGUUGUCGUCUGUAAUCUCAUACCACCACUGACUCGUCCCAUUACUGUGAAGAGAGUGUAUAUUUGUCGGAUGAAGCCUUAUUCGACCAUUGUUAAGGCUACGAAGGGAAGAAAGGUGGGCAAAUGGGAGUACGGUUGACACACAACAUUGAAGUAAUUUAUGGUGGAAGUAUUCUCAUGACUAUUAAGAUAGCAGGAGAAAACCAGGGAGCAGGAGCUCAACUCGUUAGGAUAUUCAGAUCUAGUAGCUGGAGUUCAACUUAUAUGCCCUAUUUUAAGGAUGGUUGCUUUGGUGGACUGCAUCUAGUAGCUGGAGUACGUUAAACUAAUAUGCUUGGCCUGGAGACUCAAGUUAAACUCUUCAAUCUGUAAAGCAGUGUAAAUGCUAUGUUUAAAAAAAGAACUUUUGAGUCUCUAACUUUCAAAAAAGUUGGGAAGACUCGUCCUGGAAGCUGGUGGAGAAGGAAUGCCAAAGCAAAUUAAUCUUCUGGGGUGAGUUUUCCUAACUUCUCCACCGGUCAUAUUCACAUACUCCGAUCCGUAUAUCGGUACUCUUUUCUAGGUAUGGACCCGGGUUGUUCCGGUUCCGGGCGGGCUUUUUUUGUUCAAUGAUGGGUCCGGAACCGGCCCGGGGUGAUACCGGGUUCGGUCCGAGUCGGGCCUACUCGGCCGGGUUGUGGGCCGGUUCGGGCCGAGCUGGACUCGGGCUAUUUUUAUUUUUAAAUUCAGAUUAGUUAGGCAUAAAAAUUUAAACAGUAUUAAAAUGAAAUAUGUAGUACAAUUGGGAAUUGAGCAAAAAUUACAACAUGAAAUACACUUUUUAAUGAAUAAAAGAAUCCAUCAGAAUUUCUUCCAUCUUCAGUUGUUUCUUUCAUAAAGUGGCGAGUGGGUACAAUGCUAAUUUCUUGAGUUCUACGUUUGGCCUUCAACCAAUCGUGAAAGCAAACAAACGUCUCAAGAGAGUUCACGCUCAAUCUUGUCCUCUAAUCUGUUAGGAUGUUGCCGGCCGCACUAAACUCUUGUUCCACAACAACUGUUGAUACGGGCAUUGCUAGCACUUGCUUAACCAUCUUUGAUAAGCUCGGGAACGUUCUCUCUUUUUCCUUCCACCACUGAAGAACGUCAAAGUCAUCCCUUCUUCAUACUCAACAGGAAAUGGUAGAUACAAAGAAAGCUCGUUGAUCGAGCUUUGUUCAUUAACCAGAUUUCAAAAUUGAUUUUCCUUUAGAUGAAGAAGAUGUUCCUGGCGGGGGAGAGAGUGCGUUACCAUAUUGUGCAUGAAAUCCAUUAAAUAAUUGAUAUAAUAAAUUACUAAUCUCUUGAAAUUGUUGUUUCGGGUUUAUAGCCUUGUCGUUGUACAUAGGCAAUGGUUCAAUCACAACGGCUUUACUAAAAGAAACAUAACACUCCCUCCGUCUCUAAAUAAAAGUAUCUGUUUCCUUUUCAGGCCGUCCCUAAAUAAAAGUUCCCUUUCCCUUUUUGGCAAACAAAACAGUGCCAAACAGUGUCCAAACAGUACCAAUCAAACCCACUUUCUUAAGAUGUGUGUAAAAUGAAUGGAUACUUUUAUAUAGGGACGGAGGGAGUAGUAAUCUAAACAUUGCUCCCAACGGCUAUAUAGCCGUUUUCGUUCAAUCACAACGGCUUUAAGGGCCUCUUUGGCAGCCAAAAGAUUUUUUUUUUAAAAAUAUAGCCAUUGGCCCGAACCGGCCGGGCCGGGCCAACAUUUUUGUGAACCGUGCCUGAUUGCUAGCCUCCCCCAGGCCGGGUAAAAGCUUGCACCGCCCAAUCCGUAACCGGGCCGGGCUGGGCCUGCACAAUGGUGGGCCGGGCCGACCCGAUUUGGUCCAUCCCUACUCUUUUCUAUUCAACUCUUUUUUUAAGAUUCACAACCCAAAUUCAUAAUAUAUCUGAUCCAUACAAUCUCCAACUUUCAUUAACACCUGCGAAGGAAAGCUCGAAACCAAUUUGUAAGUUUGCAAGUUUUAAAUAGAGAUAAUUGGUAAAAAUAUGACAAUAUAUAUAGGCAAUGAGUUAUAUGUAUUAAAUUCCUCUCCGUAUAAAAGUGCAUUGUAUUAAAUUCCUCUCCAUAUGGAAAUUCAAUUCUGACAUAUGGAAAUUCAUACGGAUUUCCUGUGGAUGGAUAGCAACAGGUUGUAAAUUCAUAUAUGAUUCUGAGUUUUUGUCCGACAGUUCAAAAUUUCCCAUUAAGAUUUAAGAAAGAAUUAUUGAAAGUAGUUUCCAAUUGUGGAUAAAUAAUACCUAGUAUUAAUGUAUAUAAUACCAUGGUACAUUAGUACUACGUAAUAUAUAUGGUAGAAACGUAAACUUUUUUGGCAAAAUAAACUUUAUUAAAUAAACAUACCUCGGAGAGGAAUACAUUUUAAGCAGGUACUUUAUUAAAAUGCAGGUAGUGUUUAAACACAUCUAACAUCACAUCUAAUCUAAACUAGUUUGAAUCACAUCUAACAUCAUUACUUUUCAAUUGUCGAAUUCUGAUCUAAUCUAAACUAGUUUGAUCCGUAAAAUUAAAAACAUCGUAUAUAUAUGUGUGGGCGCUAAAGAAAUGUCUACAAUAAUUUAAAUAAAACACGUCAUCUUUAAUUUUUUAGUGGGAGUUCAUAUAGUCUAGAAGUGUUUUUCCUUUUCACAAAGCGUUUCUAUUCCAAUCAAACAUUCUAAACUUACUUUUUGUUAUCAAAUUAUUUUAUUUAGGUAACCUUUUAAUCUAUUAUAGUUUGUUCAACGAAUAAAGAUAUCUUUGAUUAGAUGUGAUUCAAACUUGAGGUUCCACGUAGAAUAAUGAUGUUAUUAGAUCAUAUAAUAAUUUACAAAUUUUCUAUCAAGUCCAAACAUCAUUAAAUUAAUUUUUAUCGUGUGCUUUAAAUCUCUAAAAACAUGUAACUUACUCUUCAAAAGUAAAAGUACAAACAAACACCUCUUAAAACAUUUAUUUUAAACUUUGAGUAUGUUUUUAUCCCGUGCACGGCCAGUGAGGGAUGGACUCGGGCCGGUCCGGUUCCAGGCCGGGCCCGGAAUCGGCCCGGGUCGGGCUCGGGUCAAGUUCAAUUUUUUUUUGGUUUCUAAUUAACACCUGACCCCCCCCCCCCCAAACCCCUCCAAAACACCCAACCCUAACCUAGAAAAGCAAAAAAAAUCGAAAACACAAAAAAAAGUUGAACCGGGCCCCGCCCGAACCGCCCGGGCCGGUUCACCAAAAGUUGGGCCCGAGCCUUUGUUGUCUCUCAUCACUUUGGUAGGAAUUAACCAAGAAAUUUCAGACAAAAUGGGAAAGAUCAGAGGUUUGCAGCAGUUUUAUAUGUCUGGAAUUCAAAAUGUGAAAAAAGAAUGAAAAAUUUGGUCUGGUAAAGCAAUGGGGAUCUGGAUCUAGGCUAGCUACCAGCGUCCACACGGAAGGCCUCGAAAAAAUGGAAGAUGGCUCUCGAAACUUUACUAGCCAACAACUCAGCCCAGCUACACCGACCCACCUCCGUCACAGUGGUGCCUGUUGGAGUUAACCUUGUUGUUUAUAAUUUCAUCAUGUUUAAUUUAGUUUAUUUUGAGUCAUUGAUGCAUUUUAGACUAGAGUGUUAGUGCACGGUGGGAUGAGUCAUGCCAAGUGAUGGAUAGUCUACCCGGGGGUAUAUAUCCGAAGGGUUAUUACGGGAAAUAAUUUAGAGAGAAGUCAGAGCAGGCAAACGUAGAGAGAGAGAGUGUAUUAUAAAUGUGGAGCGUUUCAGCGUGGUUACAAAUGAGGAAAUGGGGUGUUAUUUAUAGCAGCAAUAAAUGCUGGGCAGGGACACGUGUCAAGCGCUCAUUGGCUGAGGGGUCACCUCAACUGGUUGGCGCUGGCAGCCGCAUGUGGCCGCAUUUAAUGCGGCUGUUGGAUGGGACGUCUGUGCAGAGUACGGUGAUCUGUACGCAUGUGAGGCGGAUAUCUUGUCGAGUGAGAUGCCUUCGGCUAUAGAGCAGUAGCCGAAGGCUCCUCCAACCGAGGGCACUUUGGUGCCGAGGGCUCACAGUACCGAGGGCUGCCGUUUUCGCCGUUUUCUCCCAGUUUCUUAGUUUGCUUGAGAAACCCGCUCUGUGAUAAUUUGGAGCCUUCGGCCAGGGGGCCGAAGGCACCCCUGUGCGUUGUGCGGACUGCUUGGUACUCUGGGCGCUGUGAUUUGGGCCUGUUGGGCCUGUUGGGCCUUUGAUGGAGUAGUAGGAGUCUGUGGGCCGGGGGUUCCCGGGCCAUAUACUCCAUCAGGAGUCCCUCACUCCUUUUGCCGAAAGGUACUUGAGGGAAAAGGAGUAAUUUGUGCUUGCCUUUUGAUGUUGUCCUGUCGUGAUCCCUGAAGUUGGUGAGGAGUUGUUGCUUUUAUGUCCCUGCCGAAGGCAGUCCCUCAGUUACCCACAUGUCGGGACUUGAGGGCUUGCUUUGUUGUUUGUUGGAAUUUCACAGAUUUUGUAAUUUAAUGAUUUUUCCGAAGGGGUCCUCCAGUCCCCCACUCCUUGAGGCACUUGUAAAGUGGUGAAAAGGAGUAAAGUAAUUACGUUGCUGUUGUGGGCCGAAGGCUGACGCUUUUCGUUUCAUUUUGGGGGGAUGCCUCGUUAAAAACCUCAUUAGGAAAAACCCUUUGGGAAAAAAUCCUAAUGAGGGAAAAAGAGUGCACCGAAUUCCCCCAAUGAUGAAUCGAAAAUGUCAAACCUUGGUACAAAGUGAGAAUGACGGGAAUGCCGAAGGCUCUCUCCUCUGAGGGCUCCUGUGUUGAUUAGCCAGAGGCUUGCUGCUGAUGUCCUGGUGGUGCCGAAGGGGAGUCCCUCAAUCCACGGAUCGAGGGCCUGCCAGAUGAGGGCAACAGUGAAGCUGUUACCGGGGGGUCCACUGUUUGUUGAUGAGGUGGUGAUGAAGAUACCCGAGGGCCAUGGGCCAUCCGUCAAUGAGGCGCUCCCCGGGGGCUACCCGGUUUUGCAGUGCUGAGGGGGAAACCCCGAGGGACUCCUGAUAUGAAGCCCUGAGUUUCUGAGGGAGUGAUCCCGAAGGCGUCGGUUAUGUGCUGUGUGGGGCGCAACCCGGGGGCACUUCUGGGUGAGUGCACCCGGUGGCUAUCCUUGAUGAAGUGGAGUGAAGUAGAAAAAUCCGGGGGCUUCCAGAAUAUAGCCGUUGGAAAUAUAGCCGUUGGAAUAUGUAACGACAGGAUAUAGCCGUUGGGGGGGGGGGGGGGGGGUGGCACACGUGGCGUGUGAUGGUUGGCUGUCCGUGGGCGGCGUCACCGGUUGGGCGAAGAUGCGGUGUGUAAUGAUGGCGUCCAUCCGGAGGUCCGGAAUCCAGGCCCAAGCCCGGAUUCAUCGCCUAUAAAUACCCCAAGGCCAGGCAUUCCUCCGUGUGCGAUAAACUUGUUAGUGAAGCUCUGUCAAUUUUUCUAGAGAGAGAAACUCCAGCCUUCGGUCAAAACUCUGCUUUCAAGGUCAGUGCCCUGCUCCUCUCUCAAAGUUCUUAGUAAGUUCCGCCCCCUGGCCUUAGUUUAGGUUUAGAAUCCUGUAGAGAGCCUUCGGAGUCUUAGGCUUAUUCGUGAUAAAAAAUGUCGUCCGAGAGCGAUUCCCAGGACAUCUCGAGGACGCCCUCGAUGGAGGACGAAGGCAUCUCCGACGUGGAGUCAAGCAGUGGUCAGCCCUCGGAUUGUGGUGAUGCAGCCCUCGCCACUGAGGUGCAGAAGGAUCUGACGGCCGAGGCCGAGGCGGAGGAAUUCGAGCGAACUGCCGAGGAUGAAGAGUUGGCCCUCGCCGUCCAAGUUGCUGAAGAGGAGGAGGAGAAGGAGAGGACGAAGGUCACUGUGGCCGUCCUUCCCCCUCGGGGUGCUGGUGAGGCCAGUACUUCCCAGCCGCUGAACGCGGUUCCCAUCCGGGUGGCCCCCGGGAAGAAGAAGGCCAAGGCGGCUGUCCCCAAGAAGAAGGUCAUAGCCGCUGAUCAGGGGAAACCCGUAGAUAUGCCGGAGGGGUAUUCCUGGCUCAACACGGCUGCCUUGGAGAUAAAGUCGAAGGCGGACAGGGCGGACCUCUACGUGACGCAGCUACAUGUAGGGCCCUCGGCCGAGGUGGUCGAGCCGGGAGUUGACGAUGUGCUCUCUCGGGCGCCUGAAGGGUGCAUUGCAGUACACGUGUUGUCGGUCUCCAUGGGCCUUCGGUUCCCGCUGCACCCCUUCCUCCGGGAGUACCUGAGGUUCGUUGGCUUGGUGCCCUGCCAGCUGACACCUAAUAACCAUUCCUACGUGGCGGGUUUUUUGAACCUCUGUAGGGACCAAGGGGUGACCCCCAGCCUGGACUUGUUCUUCCAGAGCUUCAACCUCUGUCGAGGGGGUCACGCGAAUGCCGAGGGCUUCGCUAACCUGCAGCAGGUGGCCAGGUGGAAGCUGUUUACGGAGGCGCCUUCGUCAAACAAGGGCUGGAAGGAGCGCUGGUGCUAUGUCAGGGUUGCUGAGAACCCAUUCCCGGCGGAACUUCGGGAUCGCUUCCGUCGGCAUCCGAAGGUUGGGAGCGCCGCCCUCGAAAAAGACGGCCUGGUGAUAGCAAAAAUCCCGGAGGGUCGCACCAAGCAGGUCUCCAUCAAAGACUAUACUGCUGACAAGGGAUUCUACGCCCUCGGCUUUCGGAGAUACCGGUUUAUUGGUGAAGCGGAUGAGAAGUACCCCGUUUUUGCUGAGGCCUUCGGGGGAACAGGAGGUAGUCUACGAGGUCCCUUAGCACAUAGCUUAUCAUGUUUGUUUUUUUUUUCUUUUUGUUCUUUGUGCCUUCGGUCAGCGACCCCUCGAUUCUAACCCCAUUCCUUUGUUUUUUUUUUGCAGGUGUCCCAGUGAAAAUGAUGAAUGUUAGAGGCCUUGCAGACUUGAAGAAGAAGAAACCCUCCAAGGGCCCGAGGGGGACGGACGCCGGUGUCCCAAAACCCGCCGGUGACUUCUUCAAAAAACCGGAGGGGCCGUCGGUGGGCCCAAGCACUGAUGCUGCUGUCGCCGCCAAAAGGAAGGGCUCGGGCAGAGAUCCCGAGGGAAAGAAGCCCAAGACCGGGGAUGCCGGGAAGAAAUCCCCCCCGGUGAUCAUUGUUGAUGAAGGCCCUGCCCCCGGGGCAGAUGAGGACAUGCAGGUGGCGAAGGUGCCGCCGGGAGUUCAGGGGCCAUCUUCCGAGGUCCUCAUGGUUUCCCUCCCGGUUGGUACGGCCGUGAUGAACGGUACGGCCGACCCGAGGGCGCUUCUGAGGGGCAUUACCCUCGAGAUUGACAGGGUAGCCCUCGGGGCUGAUGAAGACGAAGCCCUCGAGGACAGGAUCCUCCGGUCCUCCCUCACAACCUGCAUUGCCCUCGGGGAGCAAGCCCGGCGGCUAGAGGAGUGGCGCCUUCGCAAGGCCGAGCAGGAGGCCAAGAUGCGGGAACUCAUCCGCCAGAAUGCAGACGCUGUUCGGCAAAUGGCCAUGCUGGAGGAGAGCCUUCGGCAGAUGACCCUGCGGGCGGAGGCCGCAGAUCGGGGUAGGGCAGAAGCCGAGAGGUCCGCAGCUGAGGCCUUGGAGAAAGCUGCCAAGGAAGCCGAGGCCGCGAAGGUUGAAGCCGUCGAGAGAGCCCGAGGGGACGCAAUCUCGGGGUUCUUGGCAGGGGGAUGGCGGUCCGAGGAGCACAAGCAAUGGCUGUCCUCGGUCGUCGAGUCCUCGAUCGACGAGUGGUGUGAUGGGCCUGGCGUGGAGUGGGUUUCCCGAAAGGGUAAACAAUACUACGAUGGGGGUGAGUUUUUCACUCAAGCCCUCAUCUAUCGGAGGAUGGCUCGCCACUUGAAGUGACAUCGUGCAUGUGUUGUAGCGGUACUGAUAUGCGUAUAUGCCGUUACAUUAGUGUUAGUCUAUUUUGGGUCAAUUAGUUAAGUUGCACCUUAAGUUAUUUGCAUUUAGUAUUAUUACAUUAUGUUAUUAGCUAGUUAUGCAUGCAUGUACGUAUGGCAUGCAUUAAAUAUUAGGAAACACUUCAAUAUUAUCUUCUUCCUCCCUUAGCAAAUUCCCAACAUUUGGUAUAAGAGCCAUGGUAGGCGAAGGUUCGCGCACUCCGUCACGCUCGCCGGUACGACGUGGACGGAGUCCGACGCGGCGAGGCGGCCGCGAGGUGGUGGUACAGCAGCGUGUGGUCCACCAGGCUAGCAGCACCGUCGUCUACCCGACGUUGACGGUGAUGAACUACUUCGAGUGGAUGCUCAUCAUGAAGGUGAACAUGGAAGCCCAAAGUGUGUGGGACGUUGUCGAGGAUGGUGGGAGCUUCACCGAGGAUAGGGUGGCACUUGCGGCAAUUCUACGAGCCGUACCACUGGAGAUGCACUACACGCUUGCUGUGAAGGCAACGGCAAAGGAGGCAUGGGACGCCAUCAAAUCCAUGUGUGUGGGCGAUGAGCGUGUCUGUGAGGCCAAGGCACAAACUCUACUCAAGGAAUUUGAUGUCGUCCGCAUGCGGAGCGGCAAGACGAUCGACGAGCUUUCCAUGUUCAUGAACGGGCUCGCCAACAAGGUUCGCACCCUCGGUGAGACCCUUGAGAAGGUGAAGGUCGUGAAGAAAUUACUCUGCAUCGUGCCAUCCAAGUACACCCAGGUAGUUAUUGCAAUUGAUCAACUUCUCGAUCUUAAAUCCAUGUACAUGGAGGAGCUUGUGGGAAGGCUCAAAACGGCGGAGGAUAGGAGUGAUGCGGACGUCGACAACAACAACCAUGGUGGUGGAGACCGCUUGCUCCUCACUGAAGAGGAGUGGCUUUCUCGCUACCGCAGCCGCACCGGCAAGAAGAAGAGUACGUUCGACAUUCGUAAUGUUCGGUGCUACAAUUGUCAAGAGUAUGGACAUUUCUUCAAUGAUUGCACAACUCCAAGGAAAAAAACAAGAACUCACGUAUGUUAGUUUAUAAGAAGGAAAAAUGAGAAAAGAAAACCAAGUUGCUUUGACAAAAAAAAUGGCUACGUGAGUUCUUUUUUUUCCUUAUGUACGUAUGACAUGCAUUAAAUCUUAGCAAACACUUCAAUAUUAUCUUCUUCCUCCCUUAGCAAAUUCCAAACAGUGCGCCACCGCCGUGUCGGUCACCCUCACAGCUGGUGAUUGGAGCCUGGGUCACGGUUACCUCCUCCAUGGCCAUAUACUCCGGUUGCUGGAGCACAACCUCAAAUAUCUGCCAUUAAUGGCCGCCAGAAGCUACUGGAAGUAACAAUGCAACCCAUCGGAACCGACCCUCGCAGCGGCAGACCCAACGCUCCUUGUCCGCUCUCCGGUGACCUCGACCGCCCAACUGUACCAGCCGGUGACGUCUGUACGCGAGGACCAGCAGGUUUGAUGGCGGAAAGGACCAACGACCUGCUCCUAGCCUCUCACUUCUCCGGAAAUGACUGUGACGGCGGCACAUCCCUUAUGGCCAAAGCUCACUGUCUCGCCUUCAUGUCUGGUGGCGGUAGGUGGAAGGCAUGGCUAGCAUGGUCAGCUAUUAGAUUGAUCUAGUUGUAGGGUUGUAAACGAAUCGAAUCGAACCGAAUAUUUGAUAAUAUUAUUCGUAUUCGUAUAAUUAUCGAAUAUUCGUAUUCGUAUUUGUUUAAAAUUCGAAUCUUAUUUUGUAUUCGUAUUCGAUUCGUUUGAUAUAUUCGAAUCUUUUUCGAAUCGAAUUUGAAUAUUCGAAUUCAAAAAACAUUAAAGUUAAUUUGUGAAAAUAAUUAAAAUUAUGAUGUUAGUUUUCCCCUUUUAACUAAUUUUCAUAUUACAUAUUUUAUAGGAAACAAAAUUCAUUUAUAGAAGUCACUUCAAAUUUAAUAUCAAUAUAGAUAAAUCAAUGGAGAAUUUUAAUUGUAAAUUAAGCUAUUUUGACCUGGUAAAGUAAGAAUUUUUAAAUUAAAAUAUGCAAAAUAUUUACCUGAAUAUUUUGUUAUUAAUA